GUCCUGUGUCCUGGGGCUAUUCAGGAUGAACGUUGGCAGAGACCACUGCAUCUAUCUUUCUCCAGUGUACUGUGGCACGGACUGACUGGGCAAUACUAGAAGGACCUCACUAGAGCAACCUCCACACAGACAAGCUGGAAUCGAAUGUGGGUCCCUGGCACUGUGAGGCAGCAGUGCUAAACCCUGAGCCACUCAGUUCAUUCGUAUGCAUUGACUGUUGCUCCAGACCAGCAACUGAGCGCAGUGAAUGUAGAAAUGAUGCCUGUAGAACGGACAGGCUGGGUCAACAGGUUGCCUAUAUAAGUCUUUUGCACCAGUGAGAAGUCCAUACAAUAGCAGCAGAGCUGGCAGUUCUAAUUGCACCAAACGCCAAGCCGAUUAUGAAGAGCUUGUUGGAUGAGAUCUGUUCUUGUUUGUAUCAGAAGGUGUGGGGAGCCCAGCGGACAGAGUGUGCCAGCUCUAACAGAGAGAGAGCAGCUCUGAGCCCCUCUCAGCCUGCCUGGGGGGUCACUGAGCAGAAGGGGGCAAUGGCAGCAGCGGAGACCGCCUCACCUUUCCUCAAACACUUCGCUUUAAGAUAUUCCCAGGCGGGGGCGAGCCCAGCUAAUCGCAGGCGCCACACUCUCCCUGCUAGCGAGUUCCGGAACCUGAGCCUAACAGAUGCACUCAGCGUGUUCGAAAUCGAGAGGGAAGCCUUCAUUUCAGUCUCCGGAGAAUGUCCUUUACACAUGGAUGAAGUCAGACACUUUCUUGAGCUUUGCCCAGAGUUAUCCCUUGGCUGGUUUGAAGAAGGGAGGCUGGUAGCCUUUGUAAUUGGCUCUGGAUGGGACAAGGACAAGCUCUCACAGGAUGCUAUGACCAUUCAUGUCCCUGGGGGCUCCUCUGUGCACAUUCACGUUCUGGCUGUCCACCACAAGUGCCGUCAGCAAGGGAAAGGCUCCAUUAUCUUGUGGCGAUACUUACAAUACCUGCGAUGUCUCCCCACAGUCAAGCGAGCUGUUCUCAUGUGCGAAGAUUUCUUGAUCACAUUCUACCAGAAAGCUGGCUUCAGAGAGAUCGGACCUUCUGAUAUUGCAGUGGGUCCCCUCACAUUUACUGAAAUGGAAUAUCCUCUUGGAGGAGGAGCUUACCUGCGGAGGAAUAGUGGCUGCUAAACUAUGAUGUCGAACCUAGUGAUGUGAAUUUCAGUAGCCUCCAUGCUAUCUUUAAUGGACUGGUGUCUAUAUUAACCGGUGGUGUUGCAACAGUAUUCCAUUUGCUUUAAAUAGAUUAACAGUGUUGUUCAAAUGUUAACAUGAAUUUAAUGGUGACAAUGAAAAAAAUUUGCAUUCUUAGAAAUCAAAGGCAGACUUCUCAACUUUAGUAGGUGCAUAAAACAUGUGAAAGCAGAUUGGAUGAGCUGUAGAACAGGCAAACAAUCACACACAUAAAUCUUAUGGCUCGAUAAAGAUGGACCUGUCCCACAGGUUGUUGUCAACUUUAAUGGAAAAGUUCAUUUUAAAAUUACAUCCUCAAGAAAUAUUGUUUUGCUAAUUGUACAUUGAAGUGACUAAUGUCUGGAUUAAUUACACAACUUUUGUCUUUAGUAUAGUUUUAAAAAAUCCAAUGAUUUCAGCAAUUGUGUGGUUAACAUCAUACUUCCUGUUAGAUCAGGUUCCACUAUUUACUAAAAUGACAUAUUCCAACAGUUCAAUAACUCCUCCUUAUUCAUCUGUUUUGUUUUCCCCCACAUCUUGAUUCCUAGUAAUACUUGUUGGAAAACCUAAUGAUAAAAAUAUUGCCAAAAGCAUAUGGUCAAUUUUAAUUUACCCAUCAAGGAAACCUGUGGGAUCAGAUCAGCUAAUGACCUAAUUGAACACUUCAAAUCAGAGUCAUACAGCACAGAAACAGAACCUUCAGUCCAUGUUCUCAAACUAAACUAGUUCCACCUGCUUCCAUUUGGGCCAUAUCCCUCUAAACAUUUUCUAUUCAUGUACUUAUCCAAGUAUCUUUUAAACAUUGUAACUGUACCUGCAUCCACAACUUCCUCUGGCAGUUCAUUCCAUGUUCUAAACAUGCUCUAUGUAAAAAUGCUGCCCCUCAUGCCCUUUUUACAUCUUUCUCCUCUCACCUUAAAAAUAUGCCCCCCAGUUUUGAAUUCCCCUAUCUUAAUCUUUUGAUAUUUAAAUUGUAUGUAAUUUAUUUGCUUGGCUCCUUAUAUGACUAUCUGUAUAUUGCCAAAAUCUGAAUACGCAAUGUUAUGUAUCUUUAUAGAAACUGUGCUCUGUUACUUACUAUACAUUAAAAGGUUAUCUUUGUACUGUAAUUGUUUUUCAAUAAAAGACAUCAUCGUAAUUAACAAUA